CUUAAAUUGUAUGACUUCCGUAUAAUAAAAUUCUCAAGUGGAGGGACCUUAGGAAUAAAUGAAGAAUAAUACUCCAACAUCACCAAUAGACUCUAAUUCCUCCGAUUCUUCGUAUGAUUUCGUAAAGGAUGUGAAUCAAAGGUCCUAUCUGAAAAGAACUAUUGAAGAAGAUUAGGAACUUCUCUCAAAAUAUAAAGGUAAAACUCAUAUAUAAAAUGAAAUAGGCAAGCAGGGGCUAAAGUAUUAAAAAAUAUCAAAUGAGUAACGAUAACAACUAAUCAAAUAAAUAACAACUACAGGUUGUAUGAUAAAACAUGCUGCUCGAGAUUUGAAUAUUAAUUUCUCGACUGCUAAGGCUAUCAUGCAAAUUUUUAGAAGGGAAGGAAGAAUGUCCAAAAAAAAGAAGAGGGGUAGUGUCAAGUCAGAAUUUAAAAACCCCGAGAUAUUAAUUUAAGAUGCUAAAGAAGGCUUAAUAAGUCAAUUUGUAUUGAUGAAGGAGGAAUAAUGCUAACAGAGACUAAAUAAUGUGCAGGAAGAUUUAGAUACAAUUCAUUUUCAAUAAAUGGAGGAGAAAAAUAGAAAUUAAGCUAUUUUUAUAUAAUAAUUAAAAACAUAGGUUAGAAACUUAAAUAAAUUUUAGAAUUUGUAUUUAUAAGGGAGAGCAAAUUAAUUAUAACAGGAAAUAUAAUCAUUGAAUUAAAAUUAUUCUUAUUUGCAAAUUCAGUAUAAUCAACAACAAUAAAUGGUAUAAAAAGCACAAUAAUAAUAUUAGGUCAGAUAUGCAAUGCCCCAAUAUUAACAGUAGUUUCAAUUUUGAUUAUAUUCAAUAUUGCAAUAAGACAGUUAUUUAAU